AUGAAAAGAUUAGUUAUUCGUAAUCACACUUGGACCUCCAAUAUUCCUAAAGGAUCUCAGUAUAUUUGGGUCCCGCAUGAAGAUGGUUCGAAUCCUCUUAGGGGAAGAGGACGUUUUACUCCAAGCAUUGAAAAGGAGGGGACGGAAUCAAAACAGAAAGUUGCUAGCCAGUUAUUUGAUCUCUUCGAUAGUAUAGGAAGUGGAAUUAUGCAAGUGUCGCGCUUGGAGGGUCCCCACGUCUGUACGAGAGAAAGCACAAAGAGAUGGCCAGCGGAUGGAGGAGCGCUGAGGUCUGAAAAAGUUUGUCAGCGAUUUCAUGGAGCGAACAAGUGCAUCGAUAGAAGAACAGAUUCAAAGAUAAGCAUAGAAGUUACUCGGAUAGAAGAAUGCUGUGAAGGAUAUGAAACCAGGGAUAUAUUCAAAUAUGGCUGUCCCAUA